ACAGUGUUUAUGUAUUAUCUCAUUUAGUUUAACUUUUUUUCAUGGUUAAAUUCAAACAUCUCAGAAAAUCUACGAAGCUAGUUGCAUAUACUAAGCUGUCAGUCACGUAAAGCAUUUGAAUGCCAGUUCUAUUAUCUGACUCACUGAUCGAAGCAUACAAAAUGAGCUUAAAUAUGGAUCCAUGACUUACUGGUCCAGCAUUUCGUGUCUAAAACGAUCAAUUACAUACAGUCGUCACCCAAUUGAUCAUGGAGUUAUUCUGCCAACAACAUUUAGUGAACAUACAACGGUUAAUGGUAAACCUAUUCGUUCACAAGUUGAAGGUCUUUGGGAGACAGGAGUAAAACAAAAUAAAGGUGUUCAUCUUUAUCAUUUGCCCAUAUGUUCUAAUGAAGUUGGCGGUGAAAAUAGUUGGUAUUGUGAAGCGUAUAGUCAAGAAGUUAUGAAUCCUAUGAAUUUGAAUGCUACAAUACAAAAAGCUGUGGAUGGGUUAAAAAAUGGCAGUGCUCAUUUAGCAGUGGUAUACUACGAUGAAUUAGAUCGUAUCGGACAUAGAUAUGGUCCAUUAUCUAAUGAAUUAGUUCAUAAACAUUUAGUGUAUUUGGAUCAUGUUUUAGACCAUGCAUUGAACAUAAUAGAAUCUAUACCAAAUUUAAAUUUAAUGCUAACUUCUGACCAUGGUAUGGCGACUGUCUCACAUCAAGCAUAUGCUGAUCGUUAUUUUAAAGGCUCAGAGUUGGAUAGAGUACUGAAUCGUGGAAGUACAUUGUGGAUCUGGCCUAAACCAGAAUUUGAAAACAAUGUUUAUAAUCGCUUACUAAUUCAACAAAGUAAAUCUCCUUUCACUGUAUACAAUUCAUCGACAAUCCCUUCACAUUGGGAAAUUAUGACGAAUAAUAAUAAUUCAUUAUUUCCACCGAUAUUGUUAAUCGCUUCACCGGAUUAUAUAUUUCAUUCCAAUGCAUGGCCAUUAAAUAUGAGUCAUUACAAUUUAAUCGAUCCUAAAGGAAUGCAUGGCUAUGAUCCAGAACUACCUGACAUGCAUAUUCCAUUAUUUAUUUAUGGUCCAAAUUCUAAUCGUGGUGUUCAAUUAAAUUUUACCAAAGAAAUUCGUCCAAUUCAUAUACAUAGUUUAAUGGCUUAUUUAUCAUCGAUUAAUCUGCCAGAUUUCCGUUCACUCGAUUUAUUCAAACCAUUACUUUCACACAAUUAUAAUUAUGACAAUAAUCAGUUGUCACCUGUGUUGAAUAAUUUAUAUUGGUCAUCAUCAUUAUCAUUUUCUUCAUUAUUACAUGGAGAUCGUUUUAUGAUGACUUUUCUAAUCGGAGCAGCAGCGUUAACUUGUUUCUUUGUACUAAUUUGCACUUUCAUCGUAUUAGUCUGUAUUAGGUGUCGUAUUUCAUUGAUGACUACACGUGUAGUCGGUUGUCAAGAUGAACUAAACAAGGAAUUAGUCAAGUCUGAGGUACUUUCUGAAGCUUAACCUCUCGGUCAUACUGUGUUCUAUACUAAUGUGUACGUGUGUUCCUUGUCUUUUUUUCAACUAGUCUUUAUCCCGUUUGAACAAAGAAGAAAAUAUUUAUAGCACUCAGGUUAUUUUUGUCUGAUAAAAGACCAUAUAUCUUUUUUGUCGCUAAGCUACUCUUAUUGUUUUGAUAAACCCUUUGUGAGAUCCAUUUCAAAUAGAUUAUAAACUGACCAGCACUCAAACUAACUGUGCGCCUCCACAACAAUCCUUUCUCUUCACUGGACAGAUAAUCACUAUUUUAUAGAAUAUAUAUAUGGGAUAUUUCUCAGGAUAUUAAAAUGGUCACUAAUUGUCAAUAUGAUUAUAACCGCUUUUUAAUGUAACAAUUAUACUACUAUUACUACUGAUAAGUGGUGACAAUAUCAGAGUAAUAAUAAUAACAACAACCGUUUUUGAUUAAUUAAACCGGAUACUCAGUAUAAUAUUAGUAUUCUUUUAUUAGUUGAACAUGUAGUACCUUCGUUCCUGCACUUCUUUGCGCCUUAGUAUUUCUGUAUAUGCGUGCGUGCGCACUCACCUGUCCAACCGAACAUUCAUUGUAUGCAUGUAUCAUCUACUUCACCGCCUACGCCUACGGACUUAUAUACCAAUUUCACAGAGAUGUUUUGUUUUCUUUAUUUGAGAUUUAAUAUUUGUUCAAUUAUUU